AUGGAGUUUUAUUUAGGCAAGAAUUAUAGCUUUCUUCGCAUAAACUCGACUAGAAGCUGGGUACCCUUGAGUUUCAUACGAAUGUUGAAUGCUGGAGUAUGUUGUAAAAAACAUAAAAAUAAAGAGUCAGAGUGGGAUAUUUUUCAUCCGACUCCGACACACUGGUGCCAACUCAAUUCUUUAACUAAAAAUGGAGGAGAUCUUUUUUACUGUAGAGUAAACGAAUUGGCAAAAUUAUUUUGUUUUCUAUCUCUCAACGUAGAUGUGAUUCCAUCGUUUGAAAUAUUCGACAACUGCUCGAAAAUCACGGCUACCUCCAUACGAGACAGCAGUUCGAUUUUUGAAACUCAUCAGCCGCACCAGCGACCUAAUCGCUGGCUCUCGUGUAUCGAUCUGACGCGUGGUUCAUCUUGCAUCCCACCUGCCUGGCUCUGCGAUGGAAUUAAAGACUGCCCGGAUGGACAGGACGAAUCACACGCGACGUGUCUUCAUGUGAAUCCUUGCAUAAUUGCAACUUGUGAAGAAUCGUAUUCUUGUCUGUCUCAUUCGAGCGACAACAUCCUCUCAGUAGCAUUUGCGUUAUGCUACAAGUACGUCGGUGAGCGUGAUCAGACUCUCGUCUACCAACCUCAACUACAACCUCUCAAGAAACUUACGGACAUCAUUCACAAAAGAGUAAUUUGCAGCCUUCUAAAUUUUUAUUUCAUGUUAAAAUUCCGUAUAUAA